AUGCAGGUCCCCAGCCCCAGCGCGCGUGAGGCGGCCUCCAUGUACGGCACAGCGGUGGCUGUCUUCCUGGUCAUCCUCGUGGCCGCGCUGCAGGGCUCGGGACCCCCCGAGAGUCCCUUCCCCUACCGAGUACCGUUGGACCCCGAGGGGUCCCUGGAGCUCUCCUGGAAUGUCAGCUACACGCAGGAGACGGUCUACUUCCAGCUCCUGGUGCGGGAACUCAAGGCCGGGGUCCUGUUCGGGAUGUCAAACCGUGGGGAGCUGGAGAACGCUGACCUGGUCGUGCUCUGGACCGACGGGGACAGUGCCUACUUUGGGGAUGCCUGGAGUGACGAGCAGGGGCGGAUCCACCUAGAUUCCCAGCAGGAUUACCAGCUGCUGCAGGCUCGGAGGACGCCGGAAGGCCUGUGCCUGCUCUUCAAGCGGCCCUUUGGCACCUGUGACCCCAAGGACUACCUCAUUGAGGAUGGCACCGUCCACCUGGUGUACGGGGUCUUGGAGGAGCCUUUCGGGUCGCUGGAGGCCAUCAAUACGUCGGGGCUGCAGAUCGGGCUACAGAGGGUCCAGCUGCUGAAACCCAACAUCUCCAUCCCGGCCUUGCCCUCGGACUUGCUCACCAUGGAGAUCCGCGCCCCGGACGUCCUGAUCCCCGGCAAGAAGACCACGUACUGGUGCCACAUCACCGAGCUUCCAGAGGGCUUCUCUCGGCACCACAUCGUCAUGUACGAGCCCAUCGUCACCAAGGGCAAUGAGGCCCUGGUCCACCACAUGGAGGUCUUCCAGUGCUCCGCCCAGUUCGAGCGCGUCCCCCCAUUCAGCGGGCCCUGCGACUCCAAGAUGAAGCCCGAUCAGCUCAACUACUGUCGCCACGUGCUGGCCGCCUGGGCACUGGGCGCCAAGGCCUUUUACUAUCCAGAAGAAGCAGGCCUUGCCUUUGGGGGCGCCGGGUCCUCCAGAUUCCUCCGUCUGGAAGUUCACUACCACAACCCGCUGGAGAUCCAAGGCCGGCGGGACUCCUCCGGCCUCCGCCUGUACUACACGGCCACGCUCCGGCGCUUCGACGCGGGGAUCAUGGAGCUGGGGCUGGUGUACACGCCCCUGAUGGCCAUCCCCCCGCAGGAGACGGCCUUCGUCCUCACCGGCUACUGCACCGACAAGUGCACCCAGAUGGCCCUGCCGCCCUCAGGGAUCCGCAUCUUCGCCUCUCAGCUCCACACACACCUGACCGGGAGAAAGGUGGUCACCGUGCUGGCCCGGAAUGGCCAAGAGAGGGAGAUCGUGAACCGGGAUGACCACUACAGCCCUCACUUCCAGGAGAUACGCAUGUUGAAGAAGGUCGUGUCUGUGCACCCGGGGGACGUGCUCAUCACUUCCUGUACCUACAACACAGGGGACAGGGACCUGGCCACUGUGGGGGGCUUCGGGAUCCUGGAGGAGAUGUGCGUCAACUACGUGCACUACUACCCCCGCACGCAGCUGGAGCUCUGCAAGAGUGCGGUGGACGCCGGCUUCCUGCGGAAGUAUUUCCACACCGUGAACAGGUUCAAUGCGGAGGAAGUGUGCACCUGCCCUCAGGCCUCUGUCCCUGAGCAGUUUGCUUCCGUUCCCUGGAACUCCUUCAGUCGAGACAUGCUCAAGGCCGUGUACGGCUUCGCACCCAUCUCCGUGCACUGCAACAAGUCCACGGCCGUCCGCUUCCCGGGUGAGUGGGAUCUGCAGCCCCUGCCCAAGAUCACCUCCAAGCUAGAAGAGCCCACCCCUCGGUGUCCAGCCAGCCGGGGUCAGAGCCCCACCAGCCCCACUGUGGUCAGCAUUGGUGGGAGCAGAAGCUGAGUGGGGGGCUGCCCCUCACUACCCCCUCCAUGUUGUGGCUGUGGGCUCACACCAGCUCUAUGCACCCCCAUUCUCUGAAGACCCCUGUUGGAACAGCUCUGCGUGCCCAGGGUGGAUGGCUAGGCCGAGCCCCAGCCUGAGACCAUGGUCCAUUCUAGCAUUUGCCCCUCAAGGGCCCGCUGCAUGACCAAGAGGGUCCCGCGAGAGUUCCUUCUUGACCUACCUGGGACUGGGGUGACCAACACCUUCCCCACACCCACCUUGGAGGUCUAGAGCAAGGUGCGCCCUCCCAGUCCCCACCCCCGAAAACCCUGACUCUUGCAUUGGGAGGGGAGCUUUGCUGGGCCAUGGGGCGGACCCCCCAGCCCGGCCCCCGCGUCCCCAGCCCCUGUCGAUGGCGGUCUGUGUUGGUGUGCUGUGGGUACACGUGCUGCUUAAA